AUGAGCGAGUCAAAUCAAAGUCAAAUUAGUAAUAUGUAUAAGUUUGUUGACAAGACUGGUACAUUCAAAGUCAAUGUUCCAUUUCCACCUUCGAUCGAUGUUAAAGAACUGAUUUUUUCUAAACCUAACCAAAGUAAAGCACCAAGGUCACCCAAUGCGUUUAUUAUUUACAGAAAAGUAUUUUCAGAAACAGCACGAAAUGAAGGAUAUUAUUUGCCAAUGACAGUUGUCUCAUCACUCUCGUCUCAAUCGUGGGAAAAGGAGCCAGAAGAAGUUCAAGCUUAUUAUAAACAACUUGCGAAAGAGGCAUUUAAGUAUAGAAAUGAAAAGUACCCAAAAGUUAUUAAGCGUAGAAAACGAAAAUCUGGAU